AUGCGUCUCACAACAACCCUCUCCUCCUUCCUCCUCAGCCUCCUCGCUAUCGGCAUCGUUGCAGAAAAAUGCGCCUGCAACGGCGGCACCGACCACUCCAAGACGGCCUGCGACCGGAUCGGAGCCGUGUACGGCGUCUACGGCUGCGGCUUCACGGGCUGCUGCGUCAACCCCGGCACGCAGCACAACAAGUUUGUCCAGGCGUGCAAGGAUCUGGGGUAUGGGUUUAAGAGGUGUGAUGAUUGUGGUACUUGUUAG